AUGGCGCCCGACCAGCAUGUUGAGCUGGCAUAUGAAGCGCAGGAUAACACGCAGUAUGAUACGAUGGAUGAUCUUCAAAUCGAGGCGCAACUUCGAAGUCAGGUGAAUCAAGGAUGCAGCGAAGUCACGCCUGAUACUUACAGCGACCACUACAUGAUAUCACCGGUCACCGAAGAAGAACCUCGGUUCCAGGCUCCUGUGCAGCGAAUUCGCCAGACAAGUACAGCGCCACCUAUUGGAAAACGACAAGAAUCGUUCAUGCCUGGCUCAAUAGCUGUCUCGAUACCUUCCAGUUAUUCUUCUGUAGCGGAAGGUUUACUCGUAUCUUCCGUCUCAUCACGCACGGCUUCGUUCUCCCCUACGCUUGGUACUCGCCGGACAGGUACCAUGUCACCAUCUCAGUUACCACAGGGACCUUCAAACCCACUAUCUGUCGCUGAUAACGCAUCUGAACAACCCAUUCUCUUGAGACUAGCUUCACGCCAGUCAACGCUUGCAAGUCGCCGUACCAGUACAGCAACAGCCAGGAUCCAGCGACAGGACUCUUUUAGGCCCACUUCACCACCUAGUGCGGAUGAUUUAAAAGCACAAUCUGUGACUUCGCGUGCGACUUUCCGCCAGCCUACACUCGAGACUAGCCGCACAAGCAUUGCAAAAGCCAACAACAAGCGACAGGACUCUAUCAGGCCCUCUUCUCCAUCUGCUCUGUAUGACUUGGAAGCACAAGCACUCAUCUCGCGUGCGUCUACACAACAGGGCACACUAGGGAUGCGUCGAAUAAGUACUGCAACGGGUAACGAUCAGCGGCAAUACUUUGCCAGGCCCACCUCACCACUUGCUAUGGACAAUCUGGAAGAACAGCCCGUCUUCUCGCGUGUAGCCUCUCGGCAGGAUCCGCCGAGAGAAGCAGACGAUACCUCAUUGGGGCCUUCAGUAGACGCAGAAGUUACACAGCGCUCUUUCGAACGGCAAAAGAUCAUUCAGAGGGAAACGAUGCCUAAUGAGCGGCUCACCAUAGCUGACAGAACAUUGUCUUCCAGUCUUCCGCUUCGUACUCGUACUGGGUCUCUGAUUCACCGAAGUCCCAAGCAAGAUGUUGAAGAGCCGCUUGACGAAUAUACCGAACUCGAGAGCCAGGAGCUUGCCGCAUCAACUCACACUCUUGGCCGCGAAGAGGACGCUGAUCAGGUUGGGAGAUCGCCCACGACCAACUUCGAGGCUGACCCAGAACCCUUCGCGCUCCACAUGUAUCAGCGAACGGCUGAGGAGCCAUCCGAAGAAGAGCUUGAGCCCGAGAGCCAAAGUGCUACAUCAAUCGGUGCCAAUAGCCUUGAAGAAGCGGCUGGUCAAUUCGAACGAGCACUCACUACUCAUGUUCUAUCGAAUCCGGACUCUUUCGCGCUCCGCGUGUAUCAGCGGAUCGCUGACGAGCCACUUGGAGAAGAACCUGAGCCCAACGCUAUUGCGCCGACCAACUACAAUGACAUUGAGGAAAUAAGUAGUCAAAUCGAGAGAGCACCGACUACUCAAGUAUCUUUGGUAAUGGAGCCCUUGGAACAUGGUGCGGCUCGAAGCCCGGCCGGCACGACCGCUCCAGUUGAGAGACGUGUCACACAGACUUCACCCGGGCAUUCAGCGAACAUACCAUGGGUUGUAACAAUAACUCGCGACGUAGAGCGCAAACAAAACAGUGCUGCUCCUGACCAACUCGAUAGAGUACUUACUAUGCAACUCUCUCCAGAACUGGAGCCUUUGGUAUAUACCGACCCUCAAGGCCUGCUGUCUAAGACUGCCCAUCUCGAAAAAGUGAAGACACAGGCUCCAUCUGAAUUUUCAGUCAAUGUAUCACGGGUGUCUACAGUGGCUCUGGAAUUGAACCGAAGACGAAGCAGCGCUGCUCCAGGGUUCACACCAUCUGCCCGAGGAUCAGAGCCUCCAGUGCACUCUAGCGACAAAGCUGUGCUCGAUGAGACCCCGCAGAUGAAGAGAACGUUGAAAGUAGCGCCCACAGAACCUCGUACAGCCGAUCGUCGACGCAGCAGUGCUGCUCCUGCAGUCACAGCGCCUCCUCCAAAGACCAUCGGUGAGGGUAUAUAA